AUGUACUUCAAGGCAGAAAAAUUCUUUGUGCUAGUUAUAUUUUUUGGAAAUAUAAUGGAAAACGCCUCCAAGCUUGAGUUUACAAAUAUUAAAUGCCAUGCAACGGACCCGGCAUUUUUAAACUUCGAGUACUGUUUCAUAAAAUCCGUUAAUCGAUCGUAUAAGUACAUAUCGCUCAAGGCCAAUAUUUACAAAGUACCCAUCACGAACGCAUCGGCAAAACUUCAAAUUUCGAGGAGAUUUUGGUCCUAUAUGCCCAUAACCAUAGCCGCCAGCAUAGAUGUUUGCAAAUUUAUGGCAUCCAAGAAGAACUUGGCGAAUCCGAUGCUCAGACUUUUCGAGGAGAUCACCACAAGCUACACAAAUACCAACCAUAAAUGUCCCUAUGACCACGACCUUGUCAUAGAUAGACUCCCCUCCCAAUUUCUGAGUGAGCACUUCACCAACAUCCUUCCACUUCCGCCUGGAGAUUACAGUUUUAACAGCAUAUGGUACAGCAAAAACAUAGAACGGGCCACCAUUUGCAUAUAUUCCACUAUAUCAUAA